AUGACUUCUUCUGCUUUGACUUAUCACCUUGUAAAUAGUUUAUAUCCAAAUAAAAAAGUAGAAAUUGAAAAAGAUAAAGAAUUUGUAAUUGGAAGCUCCUUUUCGUGUGAUUAUAGGGUUCAAAGUAUUGGUGUUUCAAAUAAACAUAUCGGUAUUAAAUUUGAUAAAAAUGGAAACCCAUGUAUCUCUAAUCUUAGUAAAACAAACAAAACCUUUGUAAAUGGCACACCAAUAAAUAGUAAAGGCCAACUAUUAAGAGAUGGUGAUAAAAUUAAACUCAUUGACAAAGAGUUUAUAUUUUCAACAAAUUCUUUACCAUUAACUCCAAAGGCCCCAAAUCUUUCUAUAGUUCCAUUAAGUGAAAAGAAAUUACCUCUUCAAAAUAUUUCAAAUAUUAUUGGCAAUAUUAAUAGUAACAAACCAUCCGAACCAACUACAGUCUCAAAGAUUAAUUUAACUUCAGCAUUUUCAAAGAAAGUACUUCCACCUCCACCAAAAUUUGAUUCAAGUGAAGAGGAAAGUUUAGAUGAAAAAAUGUUAUCUGAUUUAUCAGAUUCUGCCGCUGAUGAUGAAAAAGAACAGGAUAGUGCCGAAGAUGAAUACCAUAGUGCCGAAGAAGACAAUGGGUACGAUGAAUCCUUUAAUGAGAGUGAUUUGUUAACAACACCAAAAACACCAAAAACACCAUCAACACCGUCAACACCAUCAACACCAUCAACACUUUUAAAUAGUUCAAUUUCAACACCACUCCACAGUACCAAAUUCAAUCAAUAUGUUUUUGCCACCCCAACUGCAAUAGAAACUCCACUUCGUAGCAUUUUAAAAACCUCAAGUAAAAAAGAACACCCAACAACAACUGUAUCAUUUGACCAAUCCGUAUUUAAAACUCCAAUUCCAUCAAGAAACUCCCAUCAUCAGCCAACCCCAAUGCCACCAAGACAAAUCCCCUCUACCAAUAUUACAAGCUCUUUAAAAACCCCCUUAUCAUCUUCAAAUGAUAACAAUAGAAUUCCACUUACAGCUAAAACCAAUGAAAAAAUUGGUUUUAUGGAUUUCGGUAUUGAAACUCCAUGGAAAACCCCAAAGUCCAAAGAAUUUAAUACACCCGAAUCAUAUGAUCUUAAAACUUUAUUUUUAUCAACUGAAAACACACCUGCAAAUACUCCAACUAAAACUUCACAAGAACAAUCAAUUGAAGAAAAACCUCAACAACAACCAAUUGAAGAAUCACCAUCUCAACAACAACCUCAAUCAAGUGAUGAAAUUGAAUCUCCACAAAAACCACUCUCUGAAGCAAAUUCAAUUUUUAAUACACUCUUAUCUAAUGAACAUGAAAAACAAAUUCAAAAAGAUGAUUCAAUGGAACAAUCACAAGAAAAUUAUACCGAUAUCAAACAAUUUGACUCUGAACAUCAAGAAUUUGGUUUUUCCUCUCAAAAAGAAGAGGAAGAAGAGGAAGAAGAGGAGGAAGAAGAUAUUGUUAAAUUUGAUGUUCCAACAUUUGAAGAUAUAAUAGACAAAUUACCCCAGUUCAAACCUGUUUUUGAACCUGUUUAUCACUCAGAGGAAGAAAUGGAAGAAAAUGAAGAGGCAGAGGGAGAAAUAGAAGAGGAAGAGAAUGAAAAUAAUGAAUUUGAUAUCAAUGAAGAAGAGGCAGAAGAUGCAGAAGAGGAGGAAGAGGAAGAGGAAGAGGAAGAGGAAGAGGAAGAGGAAGAGGAAGAGGAAGAGGAAGAGGAAGAGGAAGAGGAGGAAGAGGGAGAGGAAGAGGAGGAGGAAGAAGAAGAAAAUGGUAAUGGUGAAUUUGAUAUCUAUGAAGAAGAGGCAGAAGAAAGUCAAGAAGAAUAUGAAAACCACGAUAAUGAAAAAACCAAUUUUAGUAACAGUGGUUAUAAAAUCACUAGAAUUUUUAAUAACAAAUCAAAUAAUUUUGGUUAUAACGAAGAAAUUGGCCAAGAGGUCAAUAAACGUCUUCAAAGUAAUAGAGUUACCAAAACUGUAAUUAAAUAUAUCAGAGUUCCAAUCUUUUAUAUUCCAAAUAGAACUAAAUUUUCUACUCGUAGCAAAAUCAAUAGAUUAUUAAAGACCCACAAUAGACCCUUCUCAAGUCAACAAAAUGGCCACAAUAGAUCCUUUGAAUCCACUAAAAGAAAAUCCUCAAUUGUUUUCAAUAGCAAUGAAAACUCUGAUAUUAUCAACUUUGUCGACACUCCUGUAAAACCACAAAAUCAAAUUUCCGAUACCGAGUCUGAUAUUUCUUUGGACUUUUUAUAUGAAAGAGAAGACCUUGAGGAUGCUGAAGAAGAGUUUGAAGAAAACCAUGAACCUGUACAAGAGGAGGAAGAAUUAGAAGAGGAAGCCGAAGAGGAAGUUGAAGAGGAAAUCAAAGAAGAAAUCGAAGAAGAUAUCGAAGAAGAGCUUGAAGAAGAGCUUGAGGAAGAGGCUGAAGAAGAGUUUGAAGAAGAUGCUGAAGAAGAGUUUGAAGAGGCUCAAGAAGAGAUCAAAGAUGAAGAGGAGGCUGAUGAGGACUUUGAAGAGGCUGAAGAAGUUGAUGGUGAGAUCAAAGAUGAAGAGGAUGAAGAAGAAUUUGAAGAGGAUGAAAAUGCUCAUGAAUUAGAAGAAAAUGGAUACUAUGAUAAUAUAGAAGAGGAAGCUGAAGAACCCGAAGAAGAAGCUGAAGAGCUCGAAGAGCUCGAAGAGGAAGCUGAAGAACUCGAGGAGGAAGCUGAAGAACUCGAGGAGGAAGUUGAAGAACUCGAGGAGGAAGCUGAAAAACUCGAAGAAGAAGCUGAAGAUCAUGAAGAGGAAAUUGAAGAUCAUGAAGAGGAAAUCGGAGAGUUUGAAGAGGAAAUUGAGGAGGAAGCCAACCAAUUCGACAAAGAUCUUGAAGAGCAAUAUGAUGAGGAGGUACUCGAAGAACAAGAAGAGAAAGUUGAGGAACAAGAGUAUGAGGAGCAAGAAGAGGAAUAUGAUAGUAUUGCUGAUGAAAAUCAAAGAUAUGUUGAAGGCUAUGGCAGUGAAGAAGAGAUUACCGAAAAACCCAUUUCAUCUCCAUUUGGCCAAUCAAAAAAGAGAAAAGAUCCACCAACAUUAUUAACAACACCAUUAAAAGAAUCACCAUUUAAAAAAUUAAAAGAAUCUGAUGAAGAAAAGCCAGCCAAAAAGAAAAGAAAUCGUAAAAGAUCUAAGAAAUCAAAGGAAUUAAAGGAAUCAAUGAAACAAAAAGAAGAAAAACCAUUAGAGUUUGCAAGAGAUGAAUUGAUUAGAUUUGAUGACGAGGAAGAUGAAGAAUUAUCUGCUAAAAAGAAAGAAAAAAAAGAAAAGAAAGAAAAAAAAGAAAAGAAAGAAAAGAAAGAAAAGAAAGAAAAGAAAGAAAUGAAAGAAAUGAAAGAAAUGAAAGAAAUGAAAACUAAUAAAGACAAAUCAAAAGAAGAGGAUGAAGAUGUUCAAUUGUUUACAGAGGAAAGCUCAAAACCAAAGAGAACACAUAGAUCAAAGAAAUCAAAAAAGAUAAUCGAUGAAGAACAAGACGAACCAAUUGUUGUAGAUAAGAAUCAAGAAAAGAAAAAUAAGAAAAGAGGUUUGUUAGAUAAAAUCGAGCUCCAAUUAUCAGAAUCUGAAGAUGAAAAAGAAGUCUCAUCUAAAAAGGAACCAUCAAAAUCAAAAUCAAAAUCAAAAUCUAAAUCUAAAUCAAAAAUCCAAUUUGAUGACUCUGAAACUGAAUCUGAACAAGAACAAAAACAAUCAAAAAAACAAAAAGGAUCUAAAAUUAGAGCCACCAGAACCUUUUAAUUUAAAUCCCCCAAUUUUUAAUCAUCAACCAUCAUCAUAUAAACAUUUUAUAACAAUUAAAUUCAUUUUUAAUUGUUUUUUUAAUCAGCUUUCUUAUUAAUUAGAUUUAUUAAGAUUUAUAUAAAUAUUAAAAUAAAAACAAUAUAUAUAAUAAACUAUUUUUAUAACU